AUGACCUCUACGGUAACAUCUGCUGCAACAAGUACGAGUGUUUCGUCGACAGCUUCUGCCACUUGUGUCAACAACAUUCCUCCUGGCAAGAACGGCUAUCUUCCCCCAGAAUCUUGUGAUGCCGUGCUUUAUUAUGUGCCCUCAUUCGCCGCAGCAAUUUUAUUCUGCGCACUUUAUGGCCUGACAACUAUCGUACAUAUAGUUCAAGCAGUGGCCUACAAGAAAGGAUAUGCAUGGGUCGUCAUCAUGGGCGCUGCCUGGGAAUUAGGUGCAUUCGUCUUUCGUACACUACAAACACGGCAUCAAAAUAGCGAUCUGUUCGACACAGGGUACACCAUCUUCUUCCUCUUGGCACCGAUCUGGAUCAACGCCUUUCUUUACAUGACCCUCGGUCGCAUGGUCAACUUUUUCCUUCCUGACAAAAAACUCGGUCGCAUUAAUGCCCGUCGCUUCGGACUGAUCUUCGUCUGUCUCGACAUUCUGGCUUUCAUGGUACAAUUGGGUGGAGCAGCUCUCUCAUCUAACACUGGCGAGAGCAUGAAGACGGUCAUGUUGGGACUGCACUUAUAUAUGGGCGGUAUUGGCCUGCAGGAGCUAUUCAUUCUCUGUUUCUUGGCUCUGACAAUCCACCUGCACCGAAAACUCCUGCAACUGGAAAGGAGCGGCACAGAGACUGAUCUGCAAAAGCUAAGCCAUGGCUCAUAUCCCUGGCGAUGGCUGUUCUACACCAUCUACGUUGCUUUGGGCUUGAUCACGGUCCGGAUUAUCUUCCGCAUUGCUCAAUACGCACAAGGCACAUCGACCAGUAAUCAAAUCCUCACCCACGAAGUAUACGAGUAUGUGUUCGAUGCAGUGCCCAUGUUCUUGGCAUUGAUUGUGUUGAAUGUCUUCCACCCUGGCCGCAUUUUGCAGGGGCCCGACUCGAAAUUCAUCAAACUCACUCGUGCGGAGAAGAAAGAGAAGAAGAGAACCGCGAGAAUGGAAAAGGAGCGAAAGAAGAGAGGGAGCUGGGGAAGCGACGACUCCGCUUCCUACUCUCUUCAGACCCAUGGCACCCGAGGACACGCGCCAGAGUAUUCGGGUCACGAGUAUGGGGUUUGA